AUGGCCAGUAGAAACCCCCCGGAUCAUAAACGCUUGACAGGUUUCGUGCGUUUGAGGAACCGGAGAGGGAACCGACUUGCCUUCGUUCUGCUCCGGAUAACGCGACGGGAUUUUGGCUUCUGUCUGACGUCACUCUUCGUGUUCUGUCUGGGAUCUGCGUUGUAUCAGCUCAACGGAGGAGCUUCACGGAUUCUGAUCAAUGUCGGUUAUCAUCUCGUGUGUCCUCAGGCUUUGCCUUUCCCAAGUCAGGUUGUGUAUAACAGAGUGGGAAAGUGUGGAAGUCGCACAAUCGUUUUGUUGCUGUGCAGCUUGGUGGACAUACAUCGGUUCACCCUCAUUUCCUCCCAUAUUCACAACAAGACCAGACUGAGCGAACGUGAGCAGGCAAAUCUGAUCAGAAACAUCAGCACGGCGCCUCAGCCUUAUCUCUACACCCGUCAUGUGCAUUUUCUGAACUUUAGCAGGUUGGGAUCAGAUGAGCCAGCGCACAUCAACAUCAUCAGAGAUCCCAUCCAUCGCUUCUUAUCCAAUUAUUUCUUCCGUUGGUUUGGCGACUUGAGAGGAGAAGAGAACCAUGUCGUCCGCACGCCUGGGAUGAAGGAUGACGAGAGAUAUUUAGACAUCAACACGUGCAUCUUGGAAAAUUACCCAGAAUGCUCUAAUCCCAAAUUGUUCUACAUCAUCCGUUAUUUCUGUGGGCAGCAUCCUCAGUGCAGAGAGCCGAGCGUGUGGGCGCUGGAGACGGCCAAGCAGAACGUUCUGGAACAUUAUCUGCUGGUGGGGUUGUUGGAGGAACUUGAGGACGUCCUGCUUCUUCUGGAGAGACUGCUUCCGCACUUCUUCACUGAUGUCCUCAACAUCUACAGAAGUCCAGAAUACAUGAAGCUGGGCAACCAGACGGUCACUGUUCAGAAACACAGUCCGAGUCUCAAGGCUCUCCGGGUGCUUUAUCAGCGCAUGGAAUAUGAAUACAAAUUCUUCAACUUCAUCAAACAUCAGUUCCACCUCACCAAGAAAAAGAUCGGUCUGAAGACUCACCCACAGACGUCCAGACGUUUUUCUGGUUCACUUCAGAAGAACAGAUUACUAGACAAGCUCGAGGAGGAGACAGAAGAUUUACUCACCUGGAGGGAACAACACUGAUGUUCAAUGAUCAGACACACUGUAUAUAUGAAGUAUGUUUAAUGUGUAUUAUAUUAGGGUCUAUUAUUACAGUAUAUGAUUUAUUGUUUUUUUGUUAUUAUGGUUUAAAGCAAAGCAAACCAACUGCUGGUAUUGAUGGGUAUUGGGAUGCACAAUAAAAAUAUGAUUUUUGAACAUUUUUAAAAACAGUUAUCUCAUUUUGGAACCGUACUCUUCAUAUGUUGGACAUGAAACAUGGAAAACAAUUAACUACAUGUUUCACCAUAAACUUGAAACACCAUAAUCAUUUAUUAUAUUCAUCUGUACAAAUAUAUCUGUAGUGUUUAUUCGUCAUCAGCAUUUUUACGUUUACAUUUUAGGCAUUUGGCAGAUGCUUUUGUCCAAAGUGACUUACAUUGCUUUAUCCUUUACAUUUUACAAAGGUAUUUGCAAUCCCAUGGGAUCGAACCCACAACCUUGUGUUGUUAACGCAAUGCUCUUACCACUGAGCUCCAGGAAAGCUCCAGGUGAGCUCCAGGUGAGUUUAUUUGUUACGACCUUGAUUCAGCUUAUUUGAUUUUUUUUACUAAGUUUAACGUUACAACUAUGAAAUCCAAUAAGAUGGGUUGUAAAUAUACAAAUAUACAUGAGUAUUCAUGAAGCACACUUUUGUAUGAAUUAGACAUUGUAUGUGUUUUUUAAUGAGUUCAUUCUGUUGAGUCAAACAUUGGUUCAACAUUAUAGAAAUGCAGGACAUUAAAAUGAUUGUGUUAGAGUUUGAUGGCAGAACUGAUGAUACUUGACUUUUGAUGUCAAUAAAGACAUCAAUUAAAUAUCUAUAUGUGUGUCUGUAUAUACAGUAACACUGAAGGUUUGGAAACACAUUUUCUUUAGAUUUUUUCCACCUUUUAAUUCAAUUUAAGAACAAACUAUGGAGUCUCACAAUAGUAACUGUGGGACUUCUGUUGGGUUUAAAAGCAUCUGAAAUGAAUAAAAAAUAUUUUACACUUUAACAUCUAAGUUGUCAUCCUUUAGAAUUUGCUAAAUCGUUUCGUGCCAUUUUAUCAUCCAGCUUCUUGAAGUCUCACUCUGGGAA